CGCCCAGGUGCGGCCCCCGCUUCCCUAUGCGACCGUCGCCGCGGCGGCGCGGCCUGUGAGCGCCCGGCCCCGGGCCGGAGGGACCAGGAUGGGGGCGAGGAGGAUGGGGGCCAACCAGCUCGUCAUCCUCAACGUGUACGACAUGUACUGGAUGAAUGAAUACACCUCUUCCAUUGGAAUUGGAGUCUUCCAUUCAGGAAUAGAAGUAUAUGGUAGAGAAUUUGCUUAUGGAGGGCAUCCUUACCCCUUUUCUGGAAUAUUUGAAAUUUCUCCAGGAAGUGCUUCUGAACUAGGAGAAACAUUUAAAUUUAAAGAAGCUGUUGUUCUAGGGAGUACCGACUUCAUAGAAGAUGAUAUAGAAAAAAUUGUAGAAGAACUUGGGAAAGAGUACAAAGGCAAUGCCUACCACUUGAUGCAUAAAAACUGCAAUCACUUUUCUUCAGCUUUAUCCGAGAUCCUGUGUGGAAAAGAGAUCCCUCGCUGGGUGAAUCGACUCGCCUACUUCAGCUCCUGCAUACCGUUCCUGCAGAGCUGCCUCCCGAAGGAGUGGCUCACUCCGGCCGCCCUGCAGUCCAGCGUCAGUCAAGAGCUCCAAGAAGAGCUGGAGCAGGCCGGGGAGACCGCCACCACUGCCACCACUGCGGCCCCUCCCCCUCCCCUGGCCAGUGCUGCCACUGGACCCCGGCCAGGCCGCCACACCAAACUGUGAGCGCCCCUCCCUCCCCUGGAAGACCGCGCCUCCGAGCGGCCUCCCGGCAGCCGGACCCCUCGGGGGAGCAGGGCGCCCUUCGGUCGGACGUGCCUCUCGGAGGUAGAAGCCCGAGAGGUUUCUCUCUCCCCCAACCCCCCAAAUCCCAGUCUCUUCAGCUCAGGAUUCUAUUUGUAAAGACAACAGUCACUAGGCCUGAGAGGGAGGACUCCGAGGAGCCGCCCUCUCUGGUUAGGUGGGGUUUUGGUUUUUUCUUUGUUUUUUGUUUUGGUUUUGUUUUUUAUUCCACUUGUAAAUUCAGAUUUGCUUCUGUUUUAUACAAGAUCUGUUCCGUUUACAGUAUUUUGUAUCGCUGUUUACAAGUCUUGCAUAGACUCCUGCCACCAGGACGAAAGGAAACCUAGUGUCAUCUGUCGGGCAGGUAAAGCUGCUUAAUCUUCACUGGUAAAGAGCCAAGGCGUAAAUACAAAACGCUCAGUGUCCGAACAGGUAAGGACACACUGCUCCGGUCACCCUCACCCUGUUUAAGAAAAGGGGUUCCUGGAAAAUUCAGCCCCCCCAGGGGAGGGGGAGACCUGGGGGAUGGGAGGCUGUGAAAGCUGGGGUGAAGCUCAAGUCUUCCCCCCACCCCCCAAAAAAAAAAAUCCUUUAUUCCACUACUCCUGGUAGGGCCCCUGGGCAGAGGCUGCCUUGGAGUCCAGUCUAGGAGUGGUCAUUGUUGGGUUCCGUCCCCCAUGUUUCCCGGCUCGGAGUGGACAGGCCUCUUGCCCCUCUGAAGGAAGGGGUCAGAUUUUUUCUGUCCUUCAGAAAUAUCCCUUCCUCCCUGCUGGUGCUGGGACUGUUUCUGAGAAAUGAGGUUUUGUUCCAAAUCCUGUCUCCUUGUCUUCCUCCGACUCUUUUGAGGGCAGCCAGAGGCAGCUUGAGCCUGACACCGUUUGCCCUACAGUUGAGGCUGCGGGGCCCCUGGCCUGUGAGAGAGGUGAAGUGUGACCCGUUGAUUAACACUAACGCUUUCAAGGGUCCAACCCCAGAAAGACAAAGCCAGGCGGAGGCUCCCCCAAAGCGCCCACCUUUAUGGGAGUGCCAAAACGGGUCAGCCCACAUGCCCCUCUGACCGAUAAAAGGUGUCACUCCUUCACCACCCCCUCCCCAGCCCCACUCUCCCACUGGUCUCAUUCCCCCUCUGUACUGGCCCCCCUCCCAAGGGCGUCUAAUUCAGCUACUUGCCAGUAACACUAAACAUGAGUCUCCCGACACGCUACUUUCUCUGAGAUCAGGUUCUGUACUGAGAGGCAGACCAAAUCACGCCUCUCCACUCCAUCAGCCCUGCCACCACAGCAGCCUCCUUCCAGUCUCCCGGGCCAGAAACCAUACCUCCCGCCCAGCGUUGAGCUCUCUCCCCGGCCCCAGAAUGAGCCGCAACACUCAGGGCUGCCGGCCUGUAAGUUAUCUAGGGGUUUGGCCGUGCCUUUUCAAAGGGCAUCCACUGCUUUCGACCGCUCCCCUGUCCGGAGCAGAGGUGCCCAGCUCCAGAAGCUGAGGCUCACUGGCCCUGGAGCUCCGGGGCUAACGCCGGCCACGUCUCCCACCUCUGGGAAAGCCCAUCUGUUGCCCCCAGCAUCCACCUUAGAAAGAUGCUUUCCCUUGGCCCAGUUGGUCCUUCCAACGGCUUACUUUCCCCACAGGAAAGAAACACCCGUGGGAGCUUCCGGUUAUUCCGUGGCAGGAGCCCUUGUGGGGUGGACAUUGCCAGGGCCCCACUCUGUCCACACUGCCCUACCUUAAGGAAUACUUGAUGCUGUUUCCCUCUUUACUGGUGAGACCGUUUGUCAAAAUGUGUGUCUCACUAGAUGAUUUGUCAGCAGUUUGUUAGUUAACCAGUUAUCCAGAUCUCUUUAAGUGAACCCAGCCAUUAAUUUGGGCUGCCUGACAGAUCCCCAGGGGCAACAAUUAUGCAGCCUCUGGAUCGCUAAGUCCAAAUGCCCCCACCUGUGCUCAUGUCCACUGACAAACCCUCUCAGGCUCAGGACAGCAGCUCUCUGAGACCGGUGGUGGCCGGAGAGGGGUAACUUGGACCUCCAGGCCCUUGGAAAAGCCAGGAGAGGAAAGAUUAGAGUAAUUAUUAACAGAGACCAAAGUGAGUCAGCAGGGAGACUCACAGCGCCAAGCUUCACUGAUGCUACCUCAGGACAGGCUGGGAACUAUUGUUCUAACUUGGGAGAACCCCAUCCUUUUCUCAAGUUUCAAGUUGAAAAUGGACUUGAGUCCACCUUUCAGAUUAUCCCUGCUCUUCCCCACAAAUACAUAAACACACACACACACAGACACACACACUUCUGCCCCGAAAAAGCCUUGGGAAAAAGAGCUAUUUUGUUUUCCACACCUCCCAAGCUCUGUAAGUCAUCUUCUGUUCCCAUAUGGAUUCUGAGGCAAGGAAUGAAGUAAACACUGGCUGUGUACAUAGAGAAACUAAGCCUAAUGUCCUGGACAGGGGUGAGUAGCCCCUUGUGGAACACCACUGCGAAGGAGGAGUGGAGGUCAUCAGCCGUUGGUUUUCAGUGCACACGUUUAUUUAAAGCCCUCCAAAAGGUCAUCAGGUCUUGGCAGUCUGGCUCUUGUGCAGUCUUGGCCUUCUGAUGGUACUGUAUCUGUGCAACCAUGUGCUGUCACGUCAGCCUCCACCUGAUGCCUCAACCCACCGGCUAUUGCUGCACCUCCAAGCAAUAGUACAAAUCGCCCUUCACCAGCAUUUUGACAAAGCAGGGAAUUCUGGGUUUGGUCCUCUUGACCGCACUGUGCUCGCGCUCCAGGUACCAGGGCCGGGGCUCUUCCUCAGCCCGGACGGGGAGAAGCCACGUGCUGCUUCAGGGCGCUCCCCGCGUUUACCUUACUGGUCCUGGUGGCUCUGUUUCCGUAAGAUACUUUGUACUUUUGAUACACGCCGUAUUUUCGUUACACGACAAGAAACCAUUUUUAUUUCAGAAGUGUAUGUAGCCUUCGCCUACGCGCCAAGAGAAGCCCGCCCCGUGCCCAGGGGCGGCGGAGGCGGGCUUCACGUCCCUCGGAAUGAUUUCGCGGUGCCGAGUGGACGUUCGCCUUGUGACUUCCGACGUCCACGGGAACGGCGGGCAGAGCCCGACUCGGAGGUUCUUUGGCGAACUCGCAUUCAAGUUUAUUGUAACUUCAAGGGUUGGUGCAAAAAGAAUCCCCACUUUUAUUCCCCUGAUGUUGGCGGUGGGCUAUCAGGUUAGAGCAUUGAGAUACAUCAAUUUAUUAAAAAUACUUUUAUAAUGAA